AAGAUGUCCAUGUUCAGGUCAGCCGCGGACAUUUCCUCUGAUUCCGCAUCUAGCUCCGAUGAGAGCGACCAUGAAGUGACCAAGUCGGAGUCAAAGCCUGACAUUCGGCCUCCUGUUCGGGAUGCAAAACAUAAGUCACGUUCAGUGGAUGAAGAUACCAUGGACGAUAGUGACAUUAAGGAUCUGCUUGCUGCGGAUGCCGAGAGUCACUCCAAUGUCAUGACUUCUGCGCUGCUCGAAUUCUACUGUCUCACUCGAGCCGCGGAUCUAUUGAAUCGGCAGCAUGGAUCGCACAAGAGGUACACCCGAGAGUCUCCGGAAGUGCAAUAUCUCGGGAAGAAGAUGUUCCUUUACAAAUCGAAAUUUCUCUCGUCUCAUGGCGUCCUGGCGGAAGGAGUGGACGCGGAUCAAUGGGGCCCGACUCGGCAGUAUUACCGCGACAAUCUUGAUGCUCUAGGACUGUCUGCGCUAGAAGGGCUUGAUAUUGGGGACAAGAAGCCGCCAUUGGUCGAAGGUGGCGGUGACCUAGUUCUAGCCUCAAAGACGAGAGAUAUGCACUCAAGGAAGGAAACUGCUGCAAGUCUGCGCAUUGAGGGCCCAGUGGGUCCGCUGGAUCUUCAACAGCGGCAUGGGGCGGACAGAAUCCCUGCGCUGGAGGAGUUGCGGCUUGACCCGAGACGGAUACCACGUCCAUUGCCGCUUCUUGGUAGCUCGCCCACGAGCUUUCCGUUGUUUGAUUUGAACCCCAAACCAUCCAACAGUUCAACGUCCCGAUACGCUGUAGAAUUCUCUGAGAUCCGCGUCGUUGGCCGAGGAUCGUUUGGAGAGGUAUACCAUGUCAAGAACCACAUUGAUGGACAAGACUAUGCAAUCAAGAAGAUUCCGCUCAGUCAAAAGCGGCUCCAGCAGUUGCAGUGUGGUAACGAGAACCAGCUUGAGAACAUUAUGAAGGAAAUUCGUACCCUUGCUCGACUGGAGCAUGCAAAUGUCGUUCGAUAUUAUGGAGCCUGGAUAGAGCAAACCCACUACCCGCGCAUCCAAAUCCCGUCUCAGGAACCCGGAAAGCUUGUGUAUGAGAAUACCCAGAACAGCAAACCAUACCAGCCCUCGGGCGAUGAGAGUUUUGGUGUUGUCUUUGAAUACUCAUACGAAGGGCAGCAGCAGUCUUUAGAAGACUACUCAAUUGGUUCGCAUGGCACCAGCACUGCAACGCAUACAUCUGAAAAACCGGUAGCACGCAGCCUGGAAGAUGACGUUGAGUCAAUCCCGCGUAACUUUAGCGAGCCAACAUAUAGCCAACUUUCUACGUUCGGCGCAUCGGACGGGGAUAUUUUUACCGAUGGGUUCAGCAAUGACCAUUCUCGUCUCCAGGUCCAGCGCAGCAGUCGUCCUGGUCACGCACUUCCUGCUGUGAUCUUACACAUUCAGAUGUCACUUCAUCCAAUUCCACUCAGCUCGUACUUAAGCCAACAACACUCUGGCGACCCUCAAACCCUUCUCCGCCGACACUGCUACCACCUAAUCCCCUCGCUUAAACUUAUCCUCAACAUUAUUUCUGGCGUCGACUAUCUCCACUCAAAAGGCAUCAUCCACCGUGAUCUCAAACCGGCGAACAUCUUCCUCUCUUGUGCCGAAGAAAGAGACUUCAAAGGAUGUAUAUCUUGUCUAUCAAAAGCAGGUACCUGCUCAAAAUUUUGUCAUCCGCGCAUCGGCGAUUUCGGCCUCGUCGCUGAUAUCUCGCACCUAAAUGACCGCUCGCCAGAGAGUGAAUCUGGGCCCAGCAAUAUUCCGAAACUGAACCGUGUUGUCGGAACAGAGUUCUACUGCCCACCUUUCUUUCGCGGGUAUGGAAUCUCAGAGGCCGAGGACGAAGUCGUCCCUGGCCGGUCCAAUGAGGAAUACUUCGAUUAUACGAUUGAUGAGUCGCUCGAUGUGUACGCUCUCGGCGUUAUCCUUUUUGAACUCGUAUACCGCAUCAGCACAAAGAUGGAGCGACAGAUGGUGCUUACUGGACUGACUCGGGGAGUGCAGAGGACUGACGCUAUAAAAUCAAUCCGCGAACGACCGGUCUUUCCUGUAGACUUCGAUAGCAAGGUUGAUCAAGGUGGAAUGGUUUUACCUACUGGGGAAACCGUUGCCGAGUCACUGAAGAAGUGUAUCAAGGGGAUGUUGGAGUUGCAGCCGAGUCGGCGAUGGAGCUGCUCAGAUGUGCAGGAACACUUGCAGAGGUUGCUAAACAUUGUGCUCAAGUCCAUGACCACUUCGACUUUCUAACCACUCUAUCUUGCCGUUUUCAUGGCGAAUGAGCGACAAUAAUCCAUCAAAUGCGCCCAUAAUGGUCUUCUAUAUUGAGAGCCUUUUGCCCAAUCUUUCGCGGGCUGCUGUUGAACACUGCUUGUGACUUGGUAUUCAGGGACUUAUAAAUCGGGUCAAAGUGAUGGCUACAAUGUAUAUGGACUGUAUUAUUACGCAUUAGCAGUAAAUAUAUUAGAGUAACGA